UCUUCUCCAAAACAACAACAAUAUCAACAACGAUAGUUUCUUUUAUAAAAGGAAUAAAGGACACGAUUUUUGUAAUAAUUGAGUGUAUAGUGAAAUUAGUGAAGAUAUAAUGUACCAGCAAUAUUUAAAUCAAGCGGUCAGGACAUUGCAAAAUCUCAGCUCGGACGAGCUUAAGGAUUUGCUGAACGAUGACGACAAGUUGGAUGAACGAGUGAUUCAAGCAAUCGAAGCGUUGGAAUCCGAGAAGGAAGUGGUGCUUAGCGAAAAUCGCAGUCUAGCGGAGAGCAAUUUAGGAAAAGAACCAAAGAUGAUCGAGAUGCGCUCCCGUGUAAACGAUCUUUCUGAAAAAGGUCGACUUCUGGCCAGUUCAGUUAAAGAAAAGUCGGAGGAAUUGAAUACCAAGUCCAGCAGCACUAACCCAGAUACGGUGCUUGCACUAUUACAGACGGCAGCAGCUGAAAGCGAGGAGGAAUCGGAAAAAAUUGUCAAACAAUUUCUCGACAAUGACAUUACAACUGAUGUGUAUUUGGAGCAGUUUAUGAGUUCACGCAAAUCAAUGCACAGCCGGAAGCUAAAAGCAGAAAAAAUGGCAGAAUUAGUCCGCAACGGGUUGAAUCAACAAUCAUCUGGUGCUGUGCCUGGGUUGCAUGGUUCGCCAUCGUUUGGUAUGGUACCAUAUCCUCGGUCAAGUGGGUUUUAUCCGUCACCAAACCCACCUACCGCUGGAUCUAUUCCAUAUCCAAUCGGGCCGAUUGGAAUGCCGAUGCCGGGAAUGUUUCGAAUGCCAUACCCAUAAAAACAAUUUAAAAAAAAUUAGUUCAUAGAAUGGCACGUCUUUUGUUGAAGAAAGUUAAAAGCAGAAAAUAAAUUUAGCAAGAUUUCUUUACUAUAAGUAUUAA